CCCUGCGUGCGCGGCCCCGCGGCCUCGCGCGCCCCCGGGCUGCGCGCCAUCUUGGCUGCUCGCUGAUGGUCGAACGCGGACUGGGUGCCGAGUACUUAGCAAGAAAAAUUCACCGAGGCCGCGCGAGCAGAAUGGAACACUACCGGAGGGCUGGCUCUGUAGAGCUCCCAGCGUCUUCACCAAUGCCACAGCUACCUCCUAACACUCUGGAAAUGCGAGUCCGAGAUGGGAGCAAAAUCCGAAACCUGCUAGGCCUGGCGCUGGGUCGGUUGGAAGGGGGAAGCACAAGGCACGUGGUGUUCUCAGGUUCUGGCCGGGCUGCUGGAAAGGCUGUCAGCUGCGCAGAGAUUGUCAAACGGCGGGUUCCGGGCCUGCACCAGCUCACCAAGCUUAGGUUCCUGCAAACUGAGGACAGCUGGGUUCCAACCGCACCAGACACAGGCCUAGACCCCCUCACAGUUCGACGCCAUGUGCCUGCAGUGUGGGUACUGCUCAGUCGGGACCCCUUGGACCCCAGUGAAUGUGGCUACCAACCUCCAGGCGCACCCCCUGGCCUGGGCUCCAUACCUAGUUCCAGCUGUGGUCCCAGACCCCGAAGAAGGGCUCGGGACACCCGGUCCUGAAGACCUGCUGAGCCUGACUACCUGAGAACUGAAUAUCUGUGCCUUCUCUAAGAAGUGCUUAUGACUGCUCAACAUGCCAGCAAGGCCUGAGCCCACAGAAGGCCUGCCUUGCCUCUGUGCUGGAAUGUGGGAUGAGAUUGCUGUGGAAGACUGACAGGUGUGGGCCAAUGCUAUGUUAGAGACUGCUUGAGGAGGGCUUACUCGGUCUCUGUCUACACUAUUUUUGACUUGCCUUUUCUGACAUCUGUCUAGGGAAGGAAAAUAAAGGCUGUGCCCCUUU